AUGACCCAACGGCUGGGAGAACUGCAAACUGCAAAUGAAAACGCCUCCGUGGAGACUCGGUGGUGUCGACUACGGGACGCCGUUCACAAUAUCGCCCUGGCUGUCGUCGGCCGCGCACAUCGCCAGUACCAGGACUGGUUUGACGAAAAUGACGCCGCCAUCAGUAAUUUACUGGUCGAGACGAACAGACUGCACGAAGCCCACCUCGAGCGCUUAACUGAUGUGAAUAAAGCGGUCUUCUGUCAAUGCCGCCGCCUUUCACCAAAACGUUUGCGAGAAAUGCAGGACGCCUGGACUGUUUACAUGGCCGAGAAGACCUCGGGAUAUGCCGACCGCAACGACUCAGAUAAUUUCUUCGCCACAAUCAAGGCGAUCUACGGCCACCUGAUCAAAGGAAUCGCACCAUUUCUCAGAUCCAAUGGAUCGGCGUUUUUGACGGAGAAGUCGCAGAUUCUGAAGCUCUGGGCCGAGCAGUUUAGAAAUAUCCUCUACCGCCCCUUGUCAAUCUCCGACGCCGCCAUCGACCAACUCCCCUAUGUGGAAAUAAACCUCGAUCUGGGUCUUCCGUCUUCCCUUCCAGAAACCGGUCGCCCCGUGCAAAAUCCUUUUAGCGGGAAAGCUUCAGGCUCCGAAGCAUCCCAACCGAUAUCUACAAACCAAGCGGCUACUGUCUGA